GCAGGGAAUAGAUGGCAACCCCCAGCAGUGUGAACCCUGAUGGCGAGCUCUGACUGAUUCCACAGAUGCUUCCUCCCACCGACACAGAUGACUGCUGAGGUGAAAACCAUGGAGAAGGAAGAUAUUCCGCAGAAGACUGAGCCGCCCCAUGAGAGGAGACGGCGCUACGCCUUGCAGAUCUUUAUAGUGUUCUCGGCUUCCAUCUCUUACUUUGUGAUGGGCAUGUCGCUGUCGUGGCCCAAUGUGGUGGAGUCGCACCACUUCGAAGACAACUCUACGCUGUUCGGCAACACGCUUUACCUCCACCCGUGGCAGAUGGACAUGCUCAACAGUUUGAUCAGCAUCGGGAGCGUGUUGGGUCUUCUGUUCGCCGGCUGGAUCGUUCGCAGACUGGGGCGCAAAAAGUCCCUCAUCGUGGCGGUGCUGCCGGGCCUGGUGGGCUGGGCUUUACUUGGCUUGGCUUACAACGCUUACCUGAUGCUGAUCGGCAGGUUUUUGGAUGGGAUAACGAGUGGUAUGGUGACCCUGACCGCAAUGACCUACGCCACGGAGAUUCCAGAUGCCGCCUUCCGUGGCACUAUCAGCACGAUAUGCUGCUUCAUGUUCCUCAUGGGAGCGUGUUUCUGCACGGCCAUUGGCAUUGCCCUCACGUGGUACUACGUUGCGCUGGGCAACAUGUGUGUGUUGCUGGUGUAUAUCUGCAUCGUCCCUUUCUUGCCAGAGAGUCCCACAUUCCUCGUCGUCACAGGACAGGAUGACAGAGCUAUUAAGGUCCUUGAGCGUCUCCGAGGAACAUACGCAGACAUUACAAAUGAAAUAAAGCUCCUGAAGAAGAUGAAUGAUGAAAUCACUUCGGACACGAGUUGGGGUUUUCUCCUACAGAAGAAAGUACAGAAACGCAUCUUAGUACUAUCCAUCCUGUUCCUAGUGCAAGCCUACAGCGGCACGGCGGUCCUGCGAGCCAACGCCGUCAGAAUCCUGCAGGACUCUGGAGUGACUACGAACAAAAGUAUGGUCGCAACCCUCCUGCUGCUGCUGCCCAUCGCAGGAGCCUUCGUGCUGUGUCAUCUGGUGGACCGCGCGGGGCGCAAGGUGUGCUUGGCGAUAUCGCUCACGCUCAUGUCCAUAUCCUACAUUUUUCUUGGCACGAGAGUCUACCUACAGAAGUCCACAGUUGUGUCACUGAUUCCCCUCGAGCCGAAUAACACUGCAGCGCUACCGCCUUACUUCACGACGGAAAGUGACAGUGGAGAGGACACUUGGUGGUUAACUGUGGUCGGCCUCAUCGUGUGCAUCUUCUCCAUGAACAUCGGCAUCGAGUCCCUCCCAUGGCAGCUCUCCUCCGAGUACUUCCCCACCGUCAUCCGCUCACAGGCCAUGAGCGUGAGCGUGGUCAUCGGCUGCCUCAUCGCCGCCACCGCCCUGCAGCUCUAUAGUUACAUGAAUGAGGUUCUAACCACCGCGGGACUCUUCUGGACGUACGCCGCUGUCUCUGGGCUAGGCGUGGUCUACACAAUGCUUUAUGUGCCGGAAACUGCCAAAGAGAUGGUUGGCUAGCACCAGCACCUGGCUACCUAUGACUACACCUUGAAAGGCUUCAUUAGAAUCGUUAUCCUCCAUAAA